AACGAUAAAAAUGUAGCCUUCGUUCGACUGGUUGUCAAUUUUUCUUCUGUGAAAAUGGAUUAGGCUUUUGAAGUGUGUGCUGACUUUAAAAUACAAUUUAUGUAAUUACAUCCUCUCAUGAUUGAGUUUGUAACUAGUUUAAAACCUAGUUGAAGAAAUGUCGGUCCAGUUGGUCGAUUCAAGUGGAAAAGAUGAUCUGAAAACACAAUUUAUCACUCGGGAAGGUGAAUACAGAUUGAUGACCCUGUCUGAAUAUUCGCGUCCGAAUCGAGUUGGCUAUCAAAAUAAUCAAAGUAACCCGCAAGUGAGGGUCUCUCUGGUGACCCUGCCAUCAUCGCAGGUGGCCCAGCAGCAAGCGGCCACAGUUGCGGGUAGUUCCGGAUCUGCGGCGGCGGCCUCCAAUGGCAUAGAACGGCAGGAAAACGCCACCAGUGGCAGCGGAGGCGGAUCGCCAGGUUGUUCGCCGCCCGUCGGAGGAGACAGAAUAUGCUUCAACUAUGGCAAAGAGCUGUACGUUUAUGCAUAUCGUGGAGUUAAACAGGCAUCUGACCUAAGCAAACCAAUUGAUAAGAAGCUGUAUAAAGGCACAAAUCCGAGUUGUCACGAUUUUAACGCAACCAAUGCAACGUACGAAGGAGCGCCUCUGCUAGUAGGAUUUAGCACGGGACAGAUCCAGCUGGUUUACCCUGGAAGGCGCGAGCAAGGCAAACUUUACAACGAAGAGAGAUUGAUUGAUAAAACGAAAGUUACCUGUCUGAAGUGGAUUCCGGGCUCUGAGCAUCAGUUUUUAGCAUCACACGCCAGUGGAUGCAUGUACAUGUAUAAUGAGGAGCUGCAGUGUACUCCGACAACGCCUAGUUAUCAGCCUUACAAAUGCGGCGAUGGGUACAUUGUGCUGGCCUGCAAGUCCAAAUCGACGCGCAACCCAUUGUACAAAUGGUGCUUUGGGCAGCAGGAAAACGCAAGCAUAAACGAGUUCUGUUUCUCGCCGUGCGGGCAACACCUGGCUAUUGUUUCGCAAGAUGGCUUUCUCAGAGUCUUCCACUACAGCAACAUGGAGUUAAUUGGAAUAGCGCGAUCGUAUUUUGGUGGGUUCCUGUGCGUUUGUUGGACGGAUGGAAAAUAUGUCGUCGUGGGAGGAGAGGACGACCUAGUAACCGUUUAUUCUUUGCAGGAACAGCGCGUGGUUGCACGUGGUCAGGGCCAUCGAUCGUGGGUUUCCGUCGUCUCGUUUGACCCUUACACGACCUCCUACUCGAACUGGGAAAGUGCGGACUUUUCCGACGACGAUAACCCAAUAAACGACGGCUACAAGAACUGCUACAGUCGCACCACUCACAGCAAUAGUGAGGCAACCGCUACCGCUGUACGACGCCCGCCUUCGACAUACCGAAACAGCGUGUCCACUUCAGAUAAACUGGCAACUAGCUACCGGCUCGGUUCGGUUAGCCAGGACACUCAGCUUUGCCUGUGGGACAUUACGGAGGACGUUUUGCGGCAGUCUAUAGGACGACUGAGCCGGAACCUCAGCUCAGCAGACCCUGCAUUGUGUAAUACAAAAAGCGAAUUUUCCAAUAGUGCAAAUAAUAGUAAUAGCGGACAGCAGGCAUCAUCUCAAAAGGAUGCUGCCAAAACAAUAGCUAAAACAGCUUCUAUGAACGAUAAUGAUACCGUGGACAAUGCUGUUUUUAAUAUUAAAAACAUAACUAGUAAUAGUCUAAGUACUACUAUAAAUUGUGAUGAUAGUAAUAAUAGCAACAGUAGCGGUAAAGGCUCGACGAACAGUGUUGAUGGAAAACAUUCUAAGAGUCACAUUACUAAGGCCAACAGUGUGACCAGCUCCGGUAGUGCAUCCACUACCACGGGAUCAUUCAACAAAAAGGAUGGCAACAGCGAUAAAAAUUCAAAAUCUGAAGCGAAUCAUCAUCACCAUCACUCGGCAUUCAACUCUAUAACACAACGGUUAACCAACUUCAGCUUUGGAAAUAACGGUAGCAAUAACAGUGAUAAAAAUGAAAAGAGUGAAAAGUCAAGCAAAAGCAGCUCUAGCAAAAGAAAUAUCAUAUCGCUCACUGGCAAAUCGAACAACAGCAAUAACAUCCACAAUAGUUCAAACAACAAUCAUUUCCAAACGUCGAGCACACUGACCAGCAACAGCAGCCAUGCCAACAACAACGUGGAUCCGCCUAUUUCGAACUCGUCCUCGAGCAGUGGUGGUGGUGCAGGCGGCGGUGGAGGUGGGAUUUCAAACACUAUUACGUCGAUUAUGACCUCUUCGCUAACCAAGAACAAACGAGGCGGUGAUCCCACUGGCACUGGGAAUAGCAUCGUCUCGUCCUACGAUCCAAUGAAACUGAUCGGAACGCCGGCGUGUCCCCGUUUCGACGAUUGUCCAGUAUUAGAACCACUGGUGUGUAAGAAGAUUGCCCACGAACGGUUGACAGCGUUGAUCUUUCGGGAAGAUUGCUUUCUCACCGCGUGCCAGGAUGGAUUUGUGUAUACUUGGGCGAGACCCGGAUACAUUAAUCUGCCACAGCAUUUACCUCCAAGUCCAACUGCGCCUCCUGGGGGUACAGUCGUGUAAAAAGGAAACAUCAGUAGCUGCAAUUUUAAACACACGUAUAUUUUAUUGCCUUCUACAUUUAUUAGGAUUAUUUUAAUUGUUUUAUUAUUUAAUAUGUAUGUGUAACAUAUGACACAAAAACGAUUGAUAAUUGAUAAUUUCUUAUUUAAGAGAAAUAUAAUUUAUUGCAAACAAAAAAAAAAGUCAAAUCAAAAACUACACCCCUACAUUGAACAAGUUGUAGACACCUCAAAACAGUUUGCUGUAACAAGCAUAAUUAAUGUUACAUGCUAUGAUUACAUUGCGAUUAUUCUAGUUAGUUAGCAUCAUUCCCGAACUUAUUGCAUUCUGUUUGUGAUCGGGAUGCGUUUCAGAUCGAGAAUCUGCACGCUCUCUUCAAUUUCCCUCUUUCGAGAGAGAAAAUGAGAUGAGUGCAGUCAAUAGAAACGCGAUUAUACCGAAGAGUUAUUUUUGCUUCACGCAGAAAAAAGUUUUAUAGAAUCAGCCUGUACGAGGUUUGAAUCAACAACAUUUUUGUUAAAUAUAAUCAACGCCGAUUUUGCGUUGAAACAAAACUUGAUUUUCUCGAUUCUUUUGUUGUUUUGAAAAAGCUGCUAUGACGUUUAGCGUUGAUUCAACAAAAAUUAUGAUUUUCAAAUCAACAAAACGUUUUGUUGAUUCAAAUAUGCCUUAUUUUUCUGCGUGUUCGGCUGUCAAUGUUGUAAGCACGGGAAUAAAGCUAAUAUUAUUAUUCUUCUUAUUGCAAUUUUUGUGAAAGCUAUUACUGACUGAGCUCUGGUCGAAAAAUACCCAAAACAAGAAGAGAACAAAAAAUAAAAUACAAAUUACUACACGAUUUUGCCAACGGAAACCACAUCUCACAUGGAUCUGUGAAGCACUGCAUUUUGCCAUGAGAAAUACUAUCGAAGAUGAAUAUUUUGUAUCUAGCAAGUAUGAUGGAGCAUCAAGAAUAAAAAAAAAUCAUUGAACACAUAAUAUUUCCAUUACACCAAAGACUUUUGAAUCCAGCUUGUUCAAAACGGAAAGAAAGUUAAUGCGAUAAACACAUUUCCUUUUAGUAUUUUGGGUCUUGGUUCGCUUUAAAAAGUGCAUGUAACACUACAUCUUCGUCAACAAAGAAAAAAGAAGAAUGGAAAAAAUAGUUGAAAACUGUGUUAUUAGGAUUAUUGAAUUAUGUACAUGUUUCAUUAAAUCUUCGUUUCAAGAGUCAAUCAUUUCGAGUCGAUGAAGGAAAAACAAAAAGUAAAACUACUUGAUAAUGGAUUGAGCGUAAAUAUCUAGUAAUAAAUAGAAAAAAUAAAAAGUUUACAGAUCAGAAAAAUUGAAAUUGAUGAAAUAAAACUCAUGUUCGUAAACUAAA